CGAAUAACAGAGAGCAAGAUGGGAGAAUUAAUGGAAUUGAGUCAGUCAUUUGUCACAGCGGAGUCAACCAGCUAGGCGGUGUCUUUGUCAACGGUCGCCCGCUGCCGGACACAACCAGACAGCGCAUCGUAGAGCUGGCCCACAGUGGAGCUCGCCCCUGUGAUAUCUCUCGCAUUCUUCAGGUGAGUCGUGGGUACCUGAUACUAGGACGCUACUACGAGACUGGCAGCAUCCGACCACGUGCAAUAGGAGGAUCCAAACCCCGGGUGGCCACCAACGACGUGGUGGGCAGGAUAGCGCACUACAAGCGCGAGUGUCCGAGCAUCUUCGCCUGGGAAAUACGGGAUAGGUUGCUCAGUGAGGGCAUCUGUAACCAGGAGAACAUCCCAAGUGUGAGUACAUCCUCGCCUCCCCCGAGUGGCGGAAGGAAAGGGGGGUGGCUAAUGCUAAAAUAUGUUAAACAUAAUGGAACUGAAAAUAAUCUCGGAAGUAAAAGCGUUUGCAACAUACCUUUCACUGGGUGCUUCAAAGACAGACUUCUAUUGUCAUGUUCGCAGACGAGCCUUGUCGAUAGUAAGGGAUAUUAUAGUUAUAACGACCUCUGCAUUCGCGGGCGUCACUCCCCCUCUUAUUGCCACCAAGAGAUACCCCUACGUCUAAAUCCGACCUUCCCCGAAGCUAACACCAGGACUGUGACAGCCAGUUUCAUCAAGGAAAGAGAUCCACCUCGUCAUGCAUCGGGGGCUGCACAGCGGGAGCUUUACUGUCGAAGCGAAAAGGGGGAGAGCUCGGGAGGAGUCGCUGGGUGUUAG